AUGGCGGCGGCGGCAGCGGUGGGGGAGGGCGGCGGCGAGAGCGGAAGCACGGCAGCUGUGGGUCUCUAUGGUCUGUUAUGUGUCUCUAUGGGUCUGUAUGGGGCGGGGGUGGGUCGCUGUGGGGCAGCCCCACUGACCCGCCCCCCAGCGUGGCUGCGUGGCGCCAGCCUGGCCGUGCUGGUGCUGCAGAACGCGUCGCUGGUGCUGAGCAUCCGCUACGUGCGCACGCGGCCGGGGCAGCGCUUCCGGCCCAGCACCGCCGUGGUCCUGGCCGAGCUCCUCAAGGGCGGCGCCGGCUUCGUGCUCCUCGUCCUGCAGCACCGAGGCAGCGUGCGGCAGGCGCUGGGCAGCCUGCAGGGGGCGCUGUGGGGGCAGGCGGGGGACACUCUGCGCCUGGCCGUGCCCUCGCUCAUCUACACCCUGCAGAACAACCUCCAGUACGUGGCCAUCUCCAACCUGCCCGCGGCCACCUUCCAGGUCACCUACCAGCUCAAGAUCCUCACCACGGCCGUGUUCUCGGUGCUGCUGCUCGGCACCCCCUUGUCCCGCACCCAAUGGCUCUCCUUGGCGCUGCUCUCCGUUGGCGUCGCCUUGGUGCAGGCCGAGCAAGGCAGCGACACCGGUGACGCCACCGGUAACCCCGGCACGCCGCCGUCGGACGCGCCCCCCCCGCAGAGCUACGCCGUGGGGCUGGCGGCCGUGGCCGCCUCCUGCCUCUCCUCGGGCUUCGCCGGCGUCUACUUCGAGCGCCUGCUCAAGCGCCGCGGCGGCUCCAUCUGGCUCCGCAACGUGCAGCUGGGCGCCGUGGGCACCGCGCUGGCCUUGGCCGCCAUGGCCGCCACCGACGGCGCCGCCGUGGCCCGCGACGGCUUCUUCUACGGUUACACGGGCGCCGUGUGGGCCGUGGUGCUGAACCAGGCGGCCGGCGGGCUGCUCGUGGCCGUCGUGGUGCGCUACGCCGACAACAUCCUCAAGGGCUUCGCCACGGCGCUCGCCAUCCUGGCCUCCACCGCCGCCUCCGUGCCCCUCUUCGGCUUCCGGCCCCGCGCGCCCUUCCUGGCCGGCACGGCCCUGGUGCUGGCCGCCGUGUGCCUCUACGGCCGGCCCCAGCACCGCCAAUGGCAGCGCCAGGAUGAGGCCCCGCAGCAGCAGCAGCAGCAGCAGCAGGAGAGCGGCGCCAGCGGUCUCCUCCUUCCAAGGACAAAGGCUCCUGAUGGCAUCCAGCAGCCCCCCCCGGGCCCUAUCCUGGCCCUAUAGGGGCCAUAGAGACCCUGAUGGGCCUUAUUGAGACUGUACAGCCCCCCCUCCAUGGGCCCUAUGGGGUCCUAUAGACACUCCCCCCCCCCCCCAAU